AAGUUAAUUAAAUACUUGCCGAUUUCUGCACUUUGACAAUGGGUAUUCCUAUUAUUGUUAAUUUUAAGGCCCAAAGGACUUUCACUUGGAUUUUCUCAUUGGAUGUUUCCUAAUAUUUCUUUCCUAGAAAAUAUGACUGGCGAGGAAUUAGUUCAAGUUUUCGGAAGCUCACAGGAGUUCGUGGAAACAGCCGCUGAUGCUUUGAAAGAACAACCUGCAGAUCAUGCACAGGGUAUUAGGAAAUCCAUUGAAGCUGCUUACCAAGUUGCCGGCUGUAGAUACGAGUAUGGUUCUAGCUGGGGUUCCAAGGCGGGUUGGAUAUACGGAUCCACAUCAGAAGAUAUCCAAACUGGGUUGAGCAUCCAUGCAAGAGGUUGGAAAUCAGUAAUUUAUUUUCCGGAUCCACCGGCCUUUCUAGGAUGUGCUCCUACUAGUGGGCCAGAUUCUUUGACCCAACAGAAAAGGUGGGCCACAGGCCUACUUGAAAUCCUAAUCAGCAAAAACUGCCCGAUAAUUCAUACUCUUUUUGGUAAUCUCCAAUUCAGACAGUGUUUGGCUUACUUGUAUCUCCUGUGCUGGGGCUUCUGCUCGAUUCCUGAACUCUGCUAUGCUAUUCUACCCGCGUAUUGUCUUAUCACAAACUCUAAUUUUCUGCCCAAGUUAGAAGAAACAGCCUGUUACAUACCAAUUGCUCUAUUUGUCAUAUUCAAUCUAUACAAUCUGCAAGAGUACAUAGCAACCUCCCAGUCCAUCAAAGCAUGGUGGAAUAACCAGAGAAUGGGGCGGAUAAUAUCAACAAGUGCAUGGUUUUUUGGAGUAAUUAGGAUGGUACUAAAACUUUUAGGAAUAUCGGAGACAGUCUUUGAAGUCACACAAAAGGACCAGUUUGCGACCGACGAUGACAAUGAUGGUGUCGAUGCCAGAGCUGGAAGAUUCACCUUUGAUAAGUCUCCUAUUUUUGUGCCGGUGACAACCAUUUUGCUGGUGCAGUUGACAAGUCUGGCAAUAGGAUUGCUUGGGUUGAGACCACCGGCUGAUGGCGGGCAAGGGUCAGGGCCACUAGAGAUCGUUUGUAGUGUGUGGUUAGUGCUAUGCCUUUGGCCAUUUUUGAAAGGGAUGUUUGGGAAGGGAAAAUAUGGGAUUCCUUUAUCUACCAUAAGCAAGUCUUCUGCUUUGGCAUUGACUUUUGUAUACUUGUGUAGAAGGUCGACUCAAAUGGGUUGAUAAAUUGGUCAUGAAAUAAUAUAUAUUGAUGUACGCGUGCUUUCUCACAUUAAUUACAUAGAAUUAAUAUGGUUUUGUAUACACCAAUUAAUCAUUGAUCUUAUCAACUUUGAAUGAAUAUUUGUGUUUGAACUUUGGUGAAUGAAAUAUUA